GAUACCUAGGCGCCUGAGCGGCUCUCCACCGGUGAGGGUUUGCGGGGAAGAUGGAGUAUCCCGCGCCGGCCGCGGUGCAGGCCGCGGACGGCGGAGGGGCCGGGCCUUACAACAGCUCGGAGUUGCUGGAGGGCCAGGAGCCGGACGGGGUGCGCUUUGACCGCGAGAGGGCGCGCCGCCUGUGGGAAGCCGUGUCCGGUGCCCAGCCGGUGGGUAGGGAGGAAGUGGAGCACAUGAUCCAGAAGAACCAGUGUCUCUUCACCAACACCCAGUGUAAGGUUUGCUGCGCCUUGCUUAUUUCUGAGUCCCAGAAGCUGGCACAUUACCAGAGCAAAAAACAUGCCAACAAAGUGAAGAGAUACCUAGCAAUCCAUGGAAUGGAGACAUUAAAGGGGGAAACGAAGAAGCUAGACUCAGAUCAGAAGAGCAGCAGAAGCAAAGACAAGAACCAGUGCUGCCCCAUCUGUAACAUGACCUUUUCCUCCCCUGUCGUGGCCCAGUCGCACUACCUGGGGAAGACCCACGCAAAGAACUUAAAGCUGAAGCAGCAGUCCACUAAGGUGGAAGCUCUGUCGAAACGCCUUACAAAUCCUUUCCUUGUGGCCUCCACCUUAGCCUUGCACCAGAAUAGAGAGAUGAUAGACCCAGACAAGUUCUGCAGCCUCUGCCAUGCAACUUUCAACGACCCUGUCAUGGCUCAACAACAUUAUGUGGGCAAGAAACACAGAAAACAGGAGACCAAGCUCAAACUAAUGGCACGCUAUGGGCGGCUGGCGGACCCUGCUGUCACUGACUUUCCAGCUGGAAAGGGCUACCCCUGCAAAACAUGUAAGAUAGUGCUGAACUCCAUAGAACAGUACCAAGCUCAUGUCAGCGGCUUCAAACACAAGAACCAGUCACCAAAAACAGUGGCAUCAUCUCUGGGCCAGAUUCCAAUGCAAAGGCAACCCAUUCAGAAAGACUCAACCACCUUGGAAGACUAGAGGUGAUUCUGCCCAGCAUCCCAUGUUGGGCCAGCCAUGAGCCAGCUUCCCGUGACUGCUCAGCCCUUGGCUCCCUCUUGCUCCUUGUUCUCACCAGGAAAGUACACAGGCCUGAGGCAGGAUUGGGCCACAGACAGCCUCUGAUUGGUCCAGGCUAAUUCACUCCUGCUGCUCCCCUUUGGCAGGGGUCCUGUAGGUCAUGACAGGGGAGGCAAGGGUAUUGAGAGACUUGGGGUCUCGCGGGGUGGUAGUUUGGAGGGUGGCUUUCCCCCUUCCCCAACCCCUCUGGGCCAUAGGUGCUGAGGCCCCUGCCACCUGUCUUUCCUCUAAAGGUCAGUUUUGGGCCAGUUCUUGCAACUAAAGAGCAGAGAUCUCUCUGGGCCCUAGACAUUUCCAGCGAAACCUGGAACUUUCAUGCCAAACCUGGGCUGGGGCAGGAAACAGAGGAAAUGGCUGCAACAUGGGAGCUUGGAGCUAAUAUGACACUCCGCCUUCCCCCAGAAGGUGUAGGCUUUCCUGAGUCUUAGACCAGAUAUGGCCAGUUGUGCAGGUUUCUGCCAACUGUGAAGUCUCCUCCUGGAGCAGUGACACAAUCUUGGCGGAGCAUUGCUACCCCCGCUGCCCCCUCCACAGUUCCUGAAUGGUGCUAAGGAUCUGCAGCAGUUGGCAACGAGCUGGGGCUGGGGGCGGCCUCCAUGUCCACUGGGAUCAUAGGACACUCCAAUGGGGAUGGGACCUUUCCCCUCCUCCAUCAGAGGUGCUCUGACCCAAGGUCACAUGGGAAAGUGCCCCACAUGCAAGUCUCCCUGAGAGUUCUGCCCCUGAAGGCAAACUGCCUCAUGCCAGCUAGCUGUGAGGUUCAUUGCUACCCUCGGCCCUACUAGCCCUCUCUUCCCCCUUGUGCAGCAGACCACCUUGCCCAGGUUGCUGUGGUGCUAGCCUUCCCCAUCAUCCACCAGGCGAUUUCUGGGUCCCAGAGAAAGAGAGAGAGAGCUGAUGCAGGUUUCUACAGUGAGGAGCAGGCGUUUCCCAGGCUCCACACCCAGAUUUCUCUAUCUUUGCUGUGUUUUAUGGCCUGGGACUGAGUCCACAGGGAUAGAUUUUUCCUUGUAGCUUUGAGGCAAGAAUUCCAAGGAGUGUCACCAUCAGAGGCUUCUCUUCAUUGUGUCAGAGAAGCCCCUAGCUGCUCUCGUGGCCUCCUUCCCCCACUCCCUAUCCCUUCACCUGUGAAAUGCCUUUGCUUUGCAUAUUGUGUGUGGAUGUGUGUGUGUGUGUGUGUUUGUGUGUAUGUGUGUGCUUAUGUGUGUGCCUAAUGCUCUGUCUCUUGGUCACUGAAGCAUCCAAAUAAAGAAUUUCCCCCAUGA